AUGAAGGAAAUGAGCUUACUAGAAAUACUUGCAAACAUGGAGCGCUCCCUCUGCACAACCUUGAAGUACCACAAAAAUCGCCUAAACACCAUUCUGCUCCAAGGUUCUCAAACGGGAUCAAUGGUGCAAAUGGUUGGAAAAAGACCUACCCCGCCCUUUUUAUACUACGACAACCACACGAUCCCCACCAUCCACACAUUAGGUACAUGGCUCAAAUGGCCACACGUGGCCGCACCUCCCCACCUAUUAGACGAAGCAACGGACCACACCUUGAUGCAACCCUUCACAAGUCUGCUAUCAGAGGUCAUUAAAUGCACUCCUGCUCAGCCAAUCAACCUGGGCCACGUCACCUCCACUCGAGUCUCCGAAAUUCAAAAUCUAGCGCCACUAUUGAUAUUGCAAAGACCCUUCUCGACUACGGAUUUGGGGGGCUACACUGCCGACCCCCUAAGACUUGGUUUAAAAAGAAGAGACAAAAAGGGAUUGGCUCACUCAAAAGGCAAGGAAAUCAGGCAACUCCCCAUCCAAGGUUGGCUCCUUGAGUUAAGGAGUUGGGGGGGGUUGCUGUUAAUGGCUCAUACCAUCAUGGUGAGCCGAGCCCACUAG